UGUCACUCCCUUGUUGCUCCUUUUCUUUUCGUCCAUCACAACAACAAUCACAAGAAGCACUUUCGGAGUCUGAGCUUUCACUCCUUUCCAACUUCUCCAUAUAUCUAUCUAUCUAUCUGCAACCUCUUAUCUUUCUUUCUCUGUUAAUUCACACCCAUCAAUAACUCUUUUCCUCACACAAUUAACCAUUUUCCUUUCUGGGUUUUCUGUAAUUUUGUUGAUUUUCCAUUCCUUUUAUAUAUUUUUUUUGCUUCUGCUGAGUUAGUGGUGUGGCUUAUGAGUUAUGAGCCCCUUUCUAUUAUAAAAAGAUUGGAAAUUUCUUAGGGGAAAGGUGUGCGGUGGGUGGAUUUCUAUCCAUGCAGUUGUUGAUUGAGGAGGGGUUAGUUUGUUUUCUGCGAUCAUCGUUUGGUAGUGCUUGAACACAGGAUUUGUAGAUGAUGGAGAGGGUUCUGUUUUGUUUUGUGAUUCUGAGAUGUGAAUUAGUGGUUGGUGAAGUGAAGAAUCAAGGCAGUGUUUGUAUGAUAAAUUGACUUUUGGAUCAAGGUGGGUCCAUUGUUGUACACAAUUUGUUUGGUUCUGUUUCUAGCUUUCGAAGGGAGAGUUGUUUGAGUUGUACUUUUCUUAUUUGGGAUUUGUAUUCAGAAAGAGAAGUUUUAUUACACCUAGGUUGUGAUCUGAUUGUGAGUGAGGGAAGCAAUAUCCAACGGUGAAGUCGUGGAAGUUUGCAACUGCGAAGAGGAGCAGAAGAUCUAGAUCAGUGAUUUGGUUUCUGAAGCUAUGGCGAUUCGAGAUCAGAAUGGAUUUAACAGAUCACAGGAUGAUCCUUCAGUAGGAAGUGGUGUAUCUUUGAGUUCUGGGGUGCAUUCUGCUCCACAUAUUCAACUUAAUGAGCAGUUUUCUUGUGGGAGUGACUACGCUCUGAAGGUAAGGAAACCAUAUACUAUCACAAAACAGAGAGAGAGGUGGACAGAUGAAGAACAUAAGAAGUUCCUUGAAGCUUUAAAGCUUCAUGGUCGGGCUUGGCGGCGUAUUGAAGAACAUGUUGGCACAAAGACUGCUGUUCAGAUUCGAAGUCAUGCUCAGAAGUUUUUUUCUAAGGUUCUUCGCGACCCUACUGGGAAUGUUACAAAUAGAGCGGAGUCAAUUGAAAUUCCUCCUCCAAGACCAAAACGAAAGCCAAUGCAUCCUUACCCUCGUAAACUAGUUGAGACUCCUAAUAAAGAAUCUUCUUCAAUCCCAGAACAACUUAUGAAGUCUGCUUCUCUGAAAUCAUCAGAUUUUGAUCAAGAAAACCAAUCUCCGAAAUCAGUAUUAUCAGGAGCUGGUUCAGACAUCCUUAGCUCCUCAGAUUCAGACACACCAAAUGAAAGUUUGUCCCCCAUGUCAUCCAUCAGCGACAUCCAUACAACAUCCGAAGAAGCUGGAAUAAACGCUGAUUCUUCUCAUGAUGAGAAAUCUCUCAUGAAAUUAAAGCUUCCUACAAAGGAAAGUGAAGAAUGUUCCGGCCAGACUUUGAAACUCUUUGGGAUUACAGUUUUUGUAACAGAUACAUGCAAACCCUCUUCUCCAACAACUGAAGCAUGCAAACCAAUACCUGUAAACAUAUGCAAGAGGGAUGGAAGAUUGGAACUUAUUGGGCACAUUUCACCCAGUGAAACAUCAGGCAUAUCCCUACUAAAGGUGAGAGAGGGUCCUGAAACAUGUGGUGGGAAAGGAUUUGUGCCAUAUAGAAGGUGCAUGGCAGGGAGAGAAAACCAGUCUUCAUCUGUGACAAAUGAUACUAGAGAAGAGCAAUGCAUCCACCUUUCCUUGUAGCUUUACCCCAGAUGGUUUUUCCUUCAAAAGGUGUUCCCUUUGAGAUGAUGAGCUGUUGAAUGUGAGUUGGCAUGACAAGUGGAAAAGGGGGUAGCUGAAAAUUUUGACAUUUCUGUUGCAUCGCACAUUCUCCGGCAGUCGUAAACCUGUCAUUUUGUAUUUUUUUUUUUUGACUUUCAAGUUUCAACUGUGAAUUAUAUCUAGUGUUUUUAUUUUCCAACCUUUUACGCUCCGUAUGAGCACGGAGAGUGUAAGUUACAUACUUGUGCCGUGCUUAUGAACCUACUUGUUCAUAUUCUCUAAAGCUUAGAAAGAUGGAAAAUUUUCAAACA